AUGCCAUUCGACUGUUUCCAGCCCAGUCCAGCCAAGAAAUUCGUCUCUCUCACCAAGAACACUCGGGUACCCGGCGGGAUCAUCAACACCGUCUUUCACGAGCUCAAACCCCUUCAGCCAGACGACUUGAUCGGCGAAUGGGACGGAUAUCUCCUUGGCACAGGCCACCCGUUCGAAGAUGAGCUGGACACACUCAACUGGUUCGGCAAUACAUUUUAUUCCACCGACGACGUCGCGCCGCUAAUUGUUGCGCGGAACGGAGAGCGGGUGCCCUUCGAGGAUUGGGGGCGUGCAUCCGUGAGUCCCUUCUCCUGUAUUCUCUGA